UAAAGUGCAGGCUGCCUUGUCUGUGCUGCUAUCUAUGAUUCAGAGGUAUGGCACUCAUAACAUCUGAGGGUCAUAUUAAAAUCAGAAACCCCUCCAGAAACUUGAUUUAGAUGCAACAUGUGAUAAGGUUUGCUCUUUUAUUUUAUUUUUUAUUUGACUUGAAUGCUGCCUACACAACGAGCUAUAGUUGUAGGUUGACCUCUUUGCUUAUCUUGAGUGGUAGGGGAGGGCCAGGAGGAGAGUAGCCAGCGAGCAAGCAAGACACAUUCUCAGUUGAAGACGGGGAGCUGGAAAAGAGUGUGGAUUAGAGGAAGCUCUGAAGACCUUACCUUUCUUCUAGACGAUACUUCUAAUCAUCAAGGCUACUUUUACUCCUCAAAGCUACUUGGAUCAAGUGCUUAUAGACUGGCAUACAUCAAACAGGAAGUUUUCUCAGGAGUGACAUUACUGGAGGCGAUCAGGGAUGUAGUGAGAAGUCGUGAUGCACUGUAUGCCUUCCAAGAAGGUGAGCAGUGAGCCAUGGAUACACGGAUCUUCCCCCAGCCAGCCACGAGGCUAACAAGCAUGGGUGCUAUAAAACUCCUCGCUCUCCUUCUGCUGCUCCCAUACACACGGGUCACUGGCACCAUCUUUGAAGAUUUGUUGUCUAAACAUACUGAAUAUAAAGAAAACUGUACCAGAACCCUGAAAGCCACCCAAGACAAUAUAACUGGAAUAUACUGCAACGGGACAUUAGACGGUUUUGCCUGUUGGCCACAUUCAUCUCCUGGGAAUGUAUCAGUGCCCUGCCCUCCAUAUUUACCAUGGAUUAAGGAAGGUUUUUCAGGAAAUGUGUAUAAAAUAUGUACAGACAAUGGAACCUGGAAAACAGAAGAGAAUUCCAGCUUUGUCUGGCGGGAUCACUCUGAAUGUGAAGAUCCAGGCUUUUUCAAAAAUGAGGAAGACAUGAUAUUUCAACAUUCAGUCUUGAGGAUCCUCUCCAUAGUUGGCUACAUGCUGUCCUUGUUCAGUCUGAUUCUAGCUGUGAUUAUUAUGGGCCUGUUGAGGAAGCUUCACUGUACUAGGAACUACAUCCACAUGAACCUCUUUGUGUCAUUCAUGCUUAGAGCUAUGGCAGUCAUAACCAAAGAAGUCGUAUUUCACGUCACGUACUCCAACAAGCCAUAUGAUGAAGCUGGAUGGAACAGCUUCAAGGAAUCUACUAAAGCCCUGCUAUGCAAAGCCUCCAUGGUGUCAAUGCAGUAUUUUGUGGCCUGUAAUUACUUCUGGCUCUUGGUGGAGGCGAUCUUCCUUCACACUCUACUCUUUACUGCUGUGUUGACCAAGCGGAGGCUGCUGAAGAGAUACAUGCUGGUAGGAUGGGGGACUCCAUUUCUGUUUGUGACACCUUGGACAGUGGUUAAAGCUCUGUAUGAAAAUCAAGGCUGCUGGGCCAUCAGUAACAGAUGGAUCUGGUGGAUUAUCAGAGCUCCGAUUACACUGUCAAUUUUUGUUAUUUUCUGUAUAUUCCUCAGGAUCAUAAAACUCCUGCUCUCAAAAUUAAAAGCUGAUCAACUAAGGUUUACGGACUACAGAUACAGCUUAGCAAGAGCUACACUGGUGUUGAUUCCAUUGCUCGGGAUCCACGAAAUUCUGUUCUUGAUAUUCAUAGAUGAAACUAUUGAGGGAAAUCAUCGCUAUGUGCGGAAUUUCUUUAAUUUAACCCUGAGCUCUUUCCAGGGAUUCUUAGUUGCUGUUCUGUACUGUUUUGCCAAUGGAGAGGUCCGUGCUGAGCUGAAGAACAGGUGGCAAUUGUUCGUCUCCAACCACUUGGAAGAUCACAACUGCUUUGCACGCAUGCAUCCCAAAUACUUAUGGAAAAAGUCAUGGGAAGGGACGGGACACCCCUCAGAUCACAGCGACUCAUACGAGGAGCGAAGCCAUGCUCCUACACAGACCCAGCUCACUCAGGUGACCAUCCAAUCAGGGGCAGAGUUGUCCAGUGUACAGAAUCCAGGUCUGGAGUUCUACACAAGGAAGAGUAUGUCCAGCAGUGAUGGAGACAUGACUUUGGGCGAGACCUUGGAGGAGAUUCUGGAGGACAGUCAGUUUUAACGUCCUAUUGCUUCUGACUCUUUCAUAGACCAGAAGUGCUGGUGAAUCUCUGUAUAAACAUUGUUGAGUAAUACUCAUAGGUUGUUUUUUUUUAAAGUUUUUUUUUUUUUUUUUUUUUUUAACUGAGUAUAGUCGUACACUCCUUCUAAUUGCAUUAGGUUUUUAGCAGCCGCAGACGUAGUCAACCCGGCAUAUUCACAGUGAAAUAAAAUUCUGAAAUGUUGAAGGUGUCCUUGGCAUAGCCAUUUCAUGGAACCUAAGUCUAAGUCUUCUGGUAAAAGCACUUAACUAAGAAAGCCAUGUUGCAUAAUUGAUUUCUUAAGGGAUAUGUAUGUAUCUAGAUAAUUAAUUUAGAUGUAGAUACAGCAAGUAACCUUAAACAACAAAUCUUAAAUUCUGUCUCCCUGAUUUAAAGGAUGUCAUCUAAUGUGAAUACAGUGUGAACUGCCUACCUAUCAAAAUGCUACUUUUUAAAUUCUGUUGUUCUGUUUAUUGCAUGUACAGAAGCACUUUAUGUUCGGUUUUUCUUGGUGAUAAAAUGAGUGGUCAAUUAAUUAUGUUUUUUUUUUUUUUUAAA